UUUCAGCGCAACGAAGACCCAUAAGCACGUCGUACCCACAGCAACCGACAGCAGAACGCUUCUAAAAGUUCAUCUAUUCGGUGUGCUGUCAGUGAGAUUGCAUUUCACGACCUAUCACAUUUUCAACUUGACGAGCUACAGGAUUAAUCGAUAUGGGAAACCCUGUUUGAAAAAUGACUAUGAUAACAUUAUCUGUAGUCGAAGAAUGGCUUGAUAGCCAUCCAGAUCACUGUCAAGAUUAUUUUUUACGCAAAGUUGAACUUGAUUUUAUUAACAAAUGGCUAGUGUCACAUGGAUUCCUUAACAUCAACGAGUAUAUUAGUUCGACAACGUCUACGUCGUCAUCAGGUGACGUUAGUCCUGCUAAUGGAUGUGAUAAAACUAUUACGGCAAAUGCCCCAAGCAUUAUGAUCAACGGUAAUAAUUCCUUAUCGGUUUCACAAAUGUAUCGAUCCAAUUCGAAACGAUGUCGACGACAUGAUUUUGCAAGAGCCAAGACAAGGAGUGUUCUUCGAACACAAGAAAUUGGAAAAGAUGUGCCAAUAUGUACCAGUAGAAGAUCUUCAUUAAAAGAUAUGAGAAAAUUCACGUCAUUGCCGCCAAGUCCGAUUAACAUGCUGUCAUUGCUGAUCGACUCAAAAGUGCGGCUGCCCCGGUGGCCCGUGUCAGCCACCAGCUUAGAGUCCAAACGGGACCUGCAAAGGGAGCAGGGUGAACGAGAUUUCUUUUUGACCGUCGUCCGAGACAUCGCCACCGAUUUGGAUCUCAAGUCGUUAUCCCACAAAAUUGUCGAUAACCUGACCGUGUUGAUGGACAGCGACGCUGCGUCGCUGUUCCUCGUCGACGGGCCACCCAGGGGAGGCCGCCGACGGUGUUUGGUAUCAAAAGUGUUUGACGUCCACAGUGGUGCCCGGGGACAAUUUCUAUUGCCCGACGGUAUGACCGGAGACAAUGUUCGAACGGCAGCCGGUGAUAAUGAGGUACAGAUACCUUGGGGCGUCGGCAUACUGGGACACGUCGCAUCCACCGGCGAGACAGUCAACUUGGACGUGGCUUGCGAGGACCCGAGAUUCGACGAUGAAGUUGAUCGUAUAAUGGGAUACUAUACAUCUUCCUUGCUCUGUAUGCCAGUAAAAAAUUCGUACGAGGAAAUUAUAGCCGUGGCUCAAGUUAACAAUAAGAAUCCAGACAAAGAUAAUGGGCGAUACACUAGUAUGGACGAGAAGCUUCUAGAAACAUAUUUGCAAUUCGUGGGAAUAGCAAUUACAAAUGCACAAAUUAUUGAAGAUUCUCGGGCAGAAUAUGACCGAAAUAGAAAUUUACUGGAAGUGGUUCACGAUUUAUUUGAAGAACAGACUUCAAUAGAUAAAGUAAUAAUGAAAAUUAUGCAAAGAGCUCAGAGAUUAUUGAAGUGUGAAAGAGCUGCAGUAUUGUUAGUGGAUGAAUCAUGUGACAACACGAUGUUCUCUAAGUUGUUCGACUUAAAUUCGCCAAAACAUAGACAGAACCAUGUCAAAAACUGUAGACAGAAAGUAGAAGGAGAAAAUGUUUCGCGUUAUUUAGAAAGCUUAGCAGAAAGGGUGGCAUGUUCGGGGGAAGUUCUCAAUGUCAGCGAUAAUGAUUGUAAAGAAGGGCUAAUGGAUUCCGGAAUCAAUUCACUUUUGGCGAUGCCCAUAAGGAAUAAAAAUGAUCAAAUUAUAGGUGUCGCAAGUAUCAUAAACAAGCUGAAUUCUCUUCCUUUUGACGAAUACGACGAACAGUUAUUUGAGGCAUUCACGAUCUUUUGCGGACUAGGAAUACACAACACGCUUAUGUAUAGCGAAGUAGAAAAGGCAAUGGCCAGACAAAAAGUCUCUAUAGAAGUUUUGUCUUAUCACGCGACUGCUUCUAAUAAAGAAGUGGAACGUAUCUUGAGUUUGCCUGUACCAGCAGCCGACUCGAUGAAUUUAUACUCUCUUGCUUUUGAUGAUUUCUCGCUAAACGACGAUGAGAUGCUUAUGGCAGCAGUUAGCAUGUUCCUCGAACUAGGACUGGUCAAGGCUUUUAAUAUUGAAAAAGAAACUUUGUAUAGAUUUCUUAUCACAGUUAAAAGAAAUUACAGAGACGUGCCAUAUCACAAUUGGCGGCAUGCUUUUAAUGUUGCACAAGUUAUGUUUGCUAUUAUGAUGGGCUGUGACAUGAAAAAUACAUUUACUGAUCUCGAAGUAUUAGGUAUGUUCGUUGGUUGUCUAUGCCACGAUCUAGAUCAUCGAGGAACAAAUAAUUCAUUCCAAGAAAAAGCACGUUCGGCGUUAGUUCUUUUGUAUGGUACAACUAAUACGAUGGAACACCAUCAUUUCAACCACGCAGUGAUGAUUUUAAGUAGUGAGAGUCUUAACAUAUUCUCUAGUCUAUCGGCGGAAAGUUUUACAACCGUCAUGAAGGUCCUUAAGCAUAGCAUUUUGGCAACAGAUCUUUGCAUGUAUUUCCAGUUAAGAAAUAAAUUUUUCCGGUUGAUCGAAUCAAAAGAAUAUAGCUGGGAUGAAGAUUCACAGCGUUUUUUAUUGAUGGCAAUGUUAAUGACAUCAUCAGAUUUAGCUGCGUCAACAAAACAAUGGCACGUUCAACAAAGGGCAGCCAGAUUAGUAACAGACGAAUUUAUAGAACAGGGCGAUAAAGAAAGGUUUGAAUUAAAAAUUCAACCACAAGCGCUCAUGGAUAGGGAGAGACAACACGAGCUUCCUCAAUUACAGAUAAGAUGGAUAGCUGAUAUAUGCUUACCAUUAUAUCAAGCGUUGGGUCAAAUGAAUCCAAAACUUAAUGUGAUGAAGGAAGGAGCAUUAAAUAAUAUGCAUCAAUGGAGCAAACUAGUUGAUUCUAACUACAAAUUUACCAACGCAGAGGAAAAAAUAUGAAGAACAGAAAAAAACUGAUUCGAACAUCAAUGUGUAGCAACCAAGGGAUGUGUUAUAGUAUAUUUUAUUAUGUUUAAAAGUGAUCUUUUAAUCAGUAGACUGAUAGAAAAUAGUUUCGUAUUUAUAAAUACAAAAAAAAAAAAAUAUAUAUAUAUAUAUAGUAAAAUAAA